AAAGCAGACAAGAACGAAAAAGAAAAGUCCCCAUUGAUAUUACAACUUAGAUCUCGCCAAGUUGCACAGAACUUCAUCCAAUAUCAUCAAAAAUCAAAUCCCAUGAAGUUCUGAAUAAAUCUCGAUAUUUUAUCUCCUCAUUCAUCUUCCAUUGAUUGACCUCUUUCUCUCUCCUUUGAAAACCGAAAAGAUGUUAGAGAAGAUAGGAUUACCACCAAAACCCUCAUUAAGGGGUAAUGUUUGGGUUGUUGAUGCUUCUCAUUGCCAAUCUUGUUCUUCCCAGUUCACUUUCCUCAAUCGCAAGCAUCAUUGUAGAAGAUGUGGAGGAUUGUUUUGCAACAGUUGCACAAAUAGCAGAAUUGUGUUGCGGGGACAAGGCGAUUCCCCAGUUCGUAUAUGUGAAGCUUGUAAAAAACUAGAGGAGUGUGCUCGGUUUGAGCUACGGCAUGGACAUAAGAACCGAGCUGGGAAAGGGACCUCAAAACUCGCUUCAAGGAGUGUGGAUGAAGUUAUGAAUGAGAUAUUGGUGAAUGAUGGUAAAGAAUCUGCUCGUAUGGGAUCAGGUAAAGAAAUCAUUAGCCAAGAUGAGGAUGUAGAUCAUCUUGGUAAUGCAUCUAACAGCAGUAAUAACGAGAUGGAUUCUGUUACUCCUGAAGAUUUACGUCAACAAGCUUUAGAUGAAAAGAACAAUUAUAAAAUCCUUAAAGGAGAAGGAAAAUCUGUAGAAGCUCUAAAAGCAUUUAAAAGGGCAAGGGAACUCGAGCGGCAAGCAGGUGCUCUGGAACUCCAGUUGAGGAAGGAUAGGAAAAAGGCUUUGGUUUCGGCUUCAGUUUCGGCUUCUAAGAGCUUAGCUGAGACACAGAUAAACCAAGGUACGUCUCCUGAAUUAGGCACAAAAAGUAAGUCCAGUAACGUUAAGGAAAAGGAUGAUCUCGCCGCAGAACUUAAAGAACUUGGUUGGUCUGAUGUGGAUAUCAAUGAUGCUAAAAAACCAGCCCCAACGAGCUUAGAAGGCGAGCUUUUCAAUCUAAUCCAGGAUUCCGGUGAAACUAGUCGCAGUAAAGUGUCUUCUAGUUUAGAUAAGACUCAAGUUAUUGCCUUGAAGAAAAAGGCUCUCUUGCUUAAACGUGAGGGGAAACUUGCUGAAGCAAAGGAAGAACUAAAAAAAGCAAAAUUUUUAGAGAAGCAACUUGAGGAACAGGAAUUUUUGGCUGAUGGUGAGGAAUCUGAUGAUGAGCUAUCUGCUUUGAUGCGUAGUUUGGAUAAGGAUGAGAAAAAGGAACUUUCUGGUGGGUUUGGUAUGGAUUCUGCGUUUGACUUGAAUAAUCUCUCGGUUUUUGGUGGUGAUCUUAAUAUUGAUGAUAACUUUGAGGUUACGGACGAUGAUAUACAUGAUCCAGAAAUGGCUGCUGCGUUACAAUCACUAGGUUGGACGGAGGAGCCUAUUCAAUUUGAUGACGUUGUACCUAACUCCACUUUUGUUGAUAGAGAAGCAGUUUCAGAUGAGAUCCUUAAGUUGAAGAAAGAAGCUGUAACCCAGAAACGAUCUGGGAAUUUGGCAGAGGCAAUGUCACUUCUUAAGAGAGCCAAAGCUCUUGAAAAAGAAAUUGAAAAGUUCGAUUCAAGCCCUGAAAAAGAACCUGAAUCAAGUGGAAUGCAAUCUAGAACUUCCAAUAUAAUCCCGAAUACCGAAAGAAAACCACCAGUGAAGAAGAGUAGAUUAAUGAUUCAGAAGGAGCUUUUGGCCCUGAAAAAGAAAGCUCUUGCUUUAAGAAGGGAAGGGAAACUCGAGGAGGCGGAUAGUGAAUUGAAGAAAGGAAAAGUCCUUGAACAGCAACUUGAGGAGAUGGAUAAUCCUGCUAAGUUGGACACUCAAAUGAAUGUUGGCUAUGAAGUAUCAGACUCAGUAGAUGAACACCUUGAUUUAUCUUCUUCUCUUGCACCCGAGGAUGAACAAGGUGAUGUUACAGAGCAAGAUUUGCUUGAUCCGGCAUAUCUUUCACUCCUCAAGAACUUGGGUUGGCAGGAUGAAGACAACAAUGCAAGUGUUGGGCCCUCUGUUUCUGUGGAAAGUAGAGAUGCUACUUCUGGUAGUGUUACAGUUGAGAAACGAAGGAGAAGAAGUAAAGGUGAGAUUCAGAGGGAACUUUUAGGUUUGAAGAGGAAGGCUCUGACCCUCAGACGUCAAGGACAAGAAACCGAGGCUGACGAAAUGCUUGAAACUGCAAAGAAAUUGGAGGAAGAGUUGGCUGAACUCGAAGCACCAAAAACUGAGAAACUGGUUAGUUUCUCUGAGACUGAAGCCGGAGUACAAGGAGAUCUGCUUGGAACUUGUGAGACUAUGGAAAAAAGAAUUUACCAAACACCCCUCAAAAGACCAGCUGAAGCCAAUGAUGCCUCCGAGAAACGCCAAGUGGUGCAGGCAGCUAACCCGUCCCCAAAUGUUUCACCCGAUACCCAAAAAAGUCCGGUUCAACAAGAGAUACUUACUCAUAAAAGGAAAGCACUUGCUUUGAAAAAAGAGGGGAAAGUGGCUGAAGCCAAAGAAGAACUUAGGAAAGCAAAGCUGCUUGAAAGAAAUUUGGAGGAUGACAAAGACAAACCCAUUAAUCCCUUACCAGUGGAAAUCUCGUCUUCUUCUGUUGUGUCAGUUACUGAAAGUGAGGAGCAUAAAAACACAUCGACUUCCACACAACCCGAGGAACAGGAUCCGGCCCGUGUGGCCCGAAAACCAAUGUCUACCCAAGAGCGGUUAAAAUUGCAGCGAGAGUGCCUUAAACACAAACGGAACGGUUUGAAGCUACGUAGAGAAGGUAAGACUGAAGAAGCUGAUGCUGAACUUGAGUUAGCCAAGAAACUUGAAGCACAGCUCGAGGAAGUUAGUCCAGUUCCCACAUCGAGUAACGAAGGACCUAUUGAUGAUGCUGGUAUUGAGGACCUUUUUGACCCUCAACUCUUAUCGGCCCUUAAAGCAGUUGGUCUGCAAGAUGAUGCUCAUGUUGUUUCACAGACUACAGUAAAGGCAGAGCUACCCACGUCAAGCUCAAUUAAGAAUGAGAGUUUUGAUCAAGAGAGAGUUCAGAUGGAAGCCCUAAUUAAGGCUGAAAAAGUGAAAGCUUUAAACCUUAAACGGUCCGGUAAACAAGCAGAGGCACUGGAUGCUCUUCGUCGAGCCAAACAGAUGGAAAAGAAGCUUACUUCACUGCCCUCGUAACAUACUAAUUUUUUUUCUGGGUUUCGCGUGUAUUCUUGAGGAUAAUAAGGCAGAAAUUUUUUGCAUGAUUUUACAGGGACAUGCCAAUUCUGCUUGAAUUGGAUGAGAUUAAUUAAUGUAAAGCUAAAUCAUUUUUGUUGCAUAUUA